AUGCCUAUUGAGUUUGAAGACAAAACUCUAAGAACAACUCUAAAAUUGAAUAUGACACUUUAUGAAGCACAAAAAGACCGUAUUCAGGAAUUGAAUGCUUUGGAUGAGUUGAGAAAAAUGGUUGUUCAACAAACAAAACUUAUUCAAAAUCAGAGAGUUAAGUGGCAUGAUAAGUACAUAAAGGAGAAUAAAUUUCAAGCAGCUGACUGGGCACUGUUGUAUGAUUCUCGAUAUAAGGAUACUGUGGGAAAGUUCCAAACAAGAUGGUUAGGCCCAUAUGAGAUAGAAGAAGUUUUAAAAAAUGGAGCAAUUCACUUGACCACUAUUAAUCCAGUUCGAUUCAAACUUCUAGUAAAUGGUCACCGACUACACCUCUAUCAUAAGCCUACAACCAAACAACAGUUCCUGCAGCAAUUCACUAGUAAAGAUGAAAUAUCAGUUCUUGCAGCAACUAGACAAGUUCCUACUACCAUUGAAGGAAGCAUUUGGGGUGCAGUUCCCAUAGCUUCUGUAGGGACGUUCCUAAAAUUCCAUAAUUCUUCAAGCAUCAUUUCAUAA